UUUCUCCUACCAACUUUUUCCUGUCUUUUCCUUUUCUCUCACACACAGAUCAUUGUUUAUUUUUCACCAUGCGCUCUGUUCUGUCUCCCUCCAGAUUGCCUUUAUUUCUGUCUCGCAUUAAUUCUGAUCCCCAUCCCUGGAAGCCAGGUGGGAGGGUGUUUGUUUUCAGUAUCCUGCUUUGAAACAAGCCUGUUGGGGUUUGUAAUGGAGAGGCAGAUGCCAGCAGGGCAAUGCAGGACCGUAUUGCUGACAUCCCUGAACUCAAGCAAGCAGAAGCAAUCGUUAGGAAGGCAGGGGAAAUCCAGAGUUUUCUAGAGGAAGGUAGACAACAUAGAAACUUCUUGGGGCUUUUUGUUCUUCAGAAAAGACUACAUGGCUGAUCUUUAUCUUCCUCUUAACAACUUGAUCACAAGCUAAUCUCUCCCGUUGAUUUCUGCCACACAAACCAAAACCAGCACAUAAUAAUGCUGAAAGUGGAGAAAAAGCUUGGAUUUUGAAGUACAUCCAAACCACCAGGAAUCACUCACUUUCCUUUCAAGUGCAGCAUUAGCAGCAGAGCUCUAAACCAAUGAAAGGUCUGAAAUUAGAUUAUAUUCCUGAGAUCAGAUGAGAAUCACAAGUGAAUCAUAUUGACUUUUAUUAUCACUGUCUUUACCCUAUUAUUUUAUCCUGAGAAAUUAGGUUUCUGACUUGAAAACGAAGUUUCCUGUGAAGGCAUGAGCCCCUGCUGGGUUAGUGCACACCGGGUCACCUGCGGAUGUGCUCCCCAAAAUCCUUUGGUUUGCGAGUUCAUGUUGCAUCCAAAACUGAGCUCAAAUGGUUCCUCAGCUAGCAUCGUGUCUCUCCCCUCCAGUCCUCUGAUGUUUCAGGUAGCCGUUUCCUUAGAUGAAUGAGGAAAUGCUGCUGCUAAAGCUUGCUAAAUAGAGUUUGAAACCCACUCUGGAAGUGACAAGGAAGGACAGCAAGCCAUGAUCUCUUGACGAUGGCAUAGGACUUGGGGAGCUGUAUUCUCCUUUGUGAGAUUUUUAGCUGAAGCCAUGGUGAAAUGCACCCAGAUCUGAACACAGAGAAACUACAAGUGAAAAAGUUGAAUGUUUGCUUCAGCUGAAGAGAAUAUUUCCCAAGCCCUAGCAGGAAAAGGUGAAAAAGAGAACCAGAGGAUGUUACAAGUAGGUAUGUACACGAGAGGAAGCCAUGACUAGCAGUGUGAUUGUCAACAGGAAACACAAGGUCACAGCUGAUGUGAUGCUGCCAUACAAUCCCCUUUCUGUCUUGUGUGGCCUGCGGGACUUUGUGGCCUGGGGAGCAAUGUACGUCUACAUGAGAUAUUCUCCUGUCCAUUCACCUGCUGGAGUUUGACUUAUUCUGCAGCCGGUUAAUCCACUUGGCUGGACUUGGCGAGCCCUGGUGAUGUUCUCGACGCCUGCGACUGUAAAGAUCCUGAACAGCGAUGGGGAGAAACAGGCACGUGUGAGCAACCUUCACCGGCUGGCAGUGAGCACUCUUCCAACCCCAGGCAGCUUUGAGGUGUCUUGGCCGUUCAGGGCUCUGCAGAUAUGAACGCUGAGCUUUUCCGGCACGUUUUCACGUUGGCCUGGUCGUUCUCACCAUGCUAGUACAUGGGAAAGAAGACUUCCUCUCAGACAUAACUUACAUCGUCCUGGAACUGGUCAUUGCAGUGCUGGCCAUCCUGGGGAACAUCCUGGUCUGCUGGGCAGUCUAUUUGAACAGCAACUUGCAGAACGUCACCAACUAUUUUGUGGUGUCCCUGGCGGCUGCUGACAUUGCCGUGGGCGUGCUGGCGAUCCCCUUCGCCAUCACCAUCAGCACUGGCUUCUGUGCCUUCUUCUAUGGCUGCCUCUUCAUUGCCUGCUUCGUCCUGGUCUUGACUCAGAGUUCCAUCUUCAGCCUCCUUGCUAUCGCCAUUGACAGAAUCAUUGCAAUCCGCAUACCCCUCAGGUACAAUGGCUUGGUGACAGGCUCUCGAGCUAAAGGGAUCAUUGCCAUCUGCUGGGUAUUAUCUUUCAUCAUCGGCCUGACACCAAUGCUAGGGUGGAACAAGCGCUCCCAGAUCGAAGAGCUGGGUUCCAAUAGGUCCUCUCCCAUCAACUGCAGCAACAGCAUGGUGGCCUGUCUCUUUGAGGCUGUGGUCACCAUGGAGUACAUGGUCUACUACAACUUCUUUGCCUGUGUGCUCUUACCACUCCUCCUCAUGUUUGGUAUCUACUUGAAAAUCUUCAUGGCAGCCCGGCGACAGCUCAAACAGAUGGAGAACAAGAUGGUACACGGGGAACGUUCUCGCUCCACUUUACAGAAGGAAGUCCAUGCAGCGAAGUCAUUGGCCAUCAUCGUUGGGUUGUUUGCAGUCUGCUGGCUUCCACUGCAUAUUAUUAACUGUUUUACCCUUUUUUGCCCCAAUUGUGCCCAUGCUCCCCUUUGGCUGAUGUAUCUGGCUAUUAUCCUGUCUCAUGCCAACUCAGUUGUAAAUCCUCUCAUUUACGCUUACCGAAUCAGGGAGUUCCGAUACACCUUCCGUAAAAUCAUCAGCCAGCACAUCCUGGGCCGGAAGGAGCCAUUCAAGGCAGGAACAGCCAGCUCUAGGACUUCCACUCAUGGUGGGGAUGCAGAGAACGCCAGCAUACGAAUCAGUGAGUAUGCCUUGGAGGUAUACACCAACGGAGACAUCCACAGGGAUCCUGAAAAGCAAGACUUAAAUAAAUGCAAAGCUGCCUUGGAUUGGCACCAGAAUGGAAACGCUCUGGAUGUGGAGACAAAUGGGCGUCUCCCACAUUCCUGCAAAAACGGUAUUCUUUCAGAUGCAUGCGUGAACAGGGAACUUUACAGGGAGGAGCUCAGUGAUGCCCAGAUGUCUUACUCGGAUCUGGAAAGAGCAGCCUUUGCGGCAGCCGAUGUUUCCUGAUGAGCCUUCCAACAUCUUCCUGGGAGAAUCAUCUUUUUUUCCAUCGGUGACCUCUGCCAUGGCAGUGCAGGAGACUGGGGGGCGGGGGGAGAUGUGUGCGCGCAGAUGGCUGUGGAGAAAGGGGGCCCUGCCGAGGACUGUUGGGAUGAUCCUAAACACUAGACUGGAGAAAAGCCAAGAGACCACUGAGCCAGACCGAGGAAGGAGAGACACGUUCCCUGUCAGUGCCCUGUCACCCAGAGCAGUGCCGAGGUCAAAGCUGGUGUUCCAGGCUUAGUACUGGGAGACUGCUGAUGCAGGGCGUGCCACAACGUUGUGCUGUACUGUGUAUCUGGGGCUGUGUCGAGUUUGCUGUCUUUACCAACAGAAAUAAAAGCAUGGCUGGAAGUAUUCACUGAAUUGCAAAGAGCAACAGGGGAGGGGCCUUUUAGUGCUUUGGCUCUGCAACAAACAGGGGGAGAGCAGCAUCUGUUGGUCAGGAGAGAUGCCAGCAGCUGCUUGGAGAGUGAAGGAAUUUACCUGAUGAACGCUUUGGAUACCUUCAACCAUGGCAGUUUGUCUUUCAGUUCAUGUUUUUAAAGCUUGUGCUGCAACAGGUUGCUCCAAUGGGGUUUUUUUCUUGUCUUGGAAAGGUUACUUUAUGUUAAGUUAUAAAGAUAGGCAAAACUUGUAUCCGCUCCCUGAGCGCU